ACAUCGUGUACUAGAUUCACUAGGCCAUAUUUUAUUUACGUUCGUGGAAAGCAGCCGAAAAAUGUGCAAACCGUAGGCAUAAAAUUUUCAUAAAAGCUUUCUAAAACACAAAUUAUAGAAUAUAUUUUCAACAAUUUGUUAGUAAAUAUAAUAAAAUAUAUUAAAAAAGUAAUUACGUGACAAUCCGAAAAAAAUGAAACACAUAUACUCUCAACUGCGGAAAUUAAGAAGUUAGAGCGAGAGAGUGGGAGAAAAUGAAAGAACGCCAAAGUUGACAUUUUGAAAGUGGAAUAAGGAGUACAGCAAACAGCAGAAAAAUGCCGAGAAUCUAGUGAAGAAUCAACUAAAAUCAAGAAUAAUUUCGUAAAAGUGGUCGUUGAAAAUAAAAAAUGUUAAUUAUUUUUUCGCAUUUGCGAAAAUAAAUCUUCCAAAGGAAAAAUUCGGUAGUGAAAUUGCGUUAUAUGUGACAAGACAACGUCGUGUCAACCGGCGUGAAGUUAAAAUUGUUUAAGACGCUUUAAAAUAAGGUGUAAAAGUUAGUGGAAAAUAUAAAAAAAUAGUUUGUAAGGCGACAGUAAUGUCGGGUGGAAGAGAGUCAAACAGCAGUAAUGCAAGCUCCAACAGUAGCGGUGUUUCGACAACUGCAUCCUCCACGCCCACAUCUUCAGGCCAAAAUAACAACGGCAAUCAGCGCUCUCGUGGGCGUCCAGCCAAACGCGCUACUUGUACGUGGUGUGGUGAAAGUAAGCAACUGCUGCAAUAUGUGUUACCAACGCAGAACGGCAAGAAAGAAUUCUGUUCGGAAACAUGCAUCGCAGAGUUUCGGAAAGCUUAUAAUAAAGGCGCCUGCACUCAGUGUGAUAAUGUGAUUCGAGAAGGGGCGCCAAAUAAAGAUUUUUGUUCAGUGAUGUGUAUGAAUAAACACCAAAAAAAGAACGGCUCCACACGGCAACAUAGUAGUGGGGGAGGUGGUGGGCGAGGAGAUUCCGAUCGAGGAAAAAUGUCUUCAAUUGGAGGUGGUUCCUGUACGCCAACUGGACCAUUCCAGUAUGAAAGUUUUCAUGUUUUUGAUUGGGAUGCAUAUUUGGAGGAGACCGGAAGCGAAGCAGCACCGCCGGAAUGUUUUAAACAAGCGCUUAACCCUCCAAUCAAUGACUUCAAAAUAGGCAUGAAAUUAGAGGCACUAGAUCCUCGGAACGUAACUUCAACAUGUAUUGCGAGUGUUGUGGGUGUGCUCGGUUCGCGGCUGCGACUGCGCUUGGAUGGCAGUGACAGUCAAAAUGAUUUUUGGCGCUUGGUCGACUCGAAUGAAAUCCAUGCGAUUGGGCACUGUGAAAAGAACGGCGGAAUGUUGCAACCACCACUCGGUUUUCGCAUGAAUGCCUCCAGCUGGCCCGGUUACCUUUGCAAAAUUUUAAAUAAUGCCAUGGUUGCACCGGAAGAUAUUUUCCAACCGGAACCGCCAGGUCCCUCGGAGAAUCUCUUCAAAGUUGGCCAAAAGCUCGAGGCGGUCGACAAAAAGAAUCCACAACUGAUUUGCUGUGCGACAGUUGAUGCGAUCAAAGACGACCAAAUUCAUGUGACUUUCGAUGGGUGGCGUGGAGCGUUCGACUAUUGGUGCAGCUACGACUCCAGAGAUAUAUUUCCGGUUGGUUGGUGCGCACGUAGUUGUCAUCCAAUGCAACCGCCGGGUCAUAAAUCGCGUACCGAUUCGAGUUCGAGCAAGCACCGCAGCCCCCGACCACGCUACACCUUCGUUCAAGAGGCGGACGCAAUGGUGCCUGCCACACCGGUUACCGCACAUUUUCACACAAAUUGCAAAGGAGGUCCAUUCAUUAAUAGCACUAAAUUGCCAUCAAUGGUUACAGGGCCAACCCAUCAAACUCUGGCAAAAUUGUGUUUGCAAGAAGUGCUUGCUGCAAGCACAGAUACUCAGCAGCUUUCAAAAUUAUUAUUCGCACUAGAAGGAGAUGUGCACAUAGUGCCAGCAGCAGGAAAGAAUUUCACAGUGAAAAUUCCAUCACAAUUGCGAAUGAGAGACGAUGACAGUUUGGCACAAUUCAUAGAAACACUAUGUACUACAUGUAGAGCAUGCCCUAAUCUCAUAUCGUUGGUACCCGCAACGGAAGAAUGUGACAAAUGUGUCAUUACCAAGAAGCGCUUGUUAUCAACGAAUUCCACACCGCCCACGUCACCAGUUAUACCGGAAAAAAGAAAAACACUCGGCUUAUUAAGCGACAAGCCACAUGCGAUCAAACAAGAAUUACCAACUUCCACCACAACUUCAUCGCACAUUGUAGAUUCUUCGUCUGCACCAGUUAUGGUAACAGUUGGGGGUAGUAUUCCCAAAGCUGAUGCUGAACUCAAGCUAUCUAUAAACAAUAAUAACUUAUUACCAGUGCAAAUAAAGGUCGAACCUAAUACAAAUGGAACCUCGACUAUUGCAUCACAAACCCACUCUUUGCGGCAGAUACGACUUCAUCACUUAAACAAUCCGGAGGAGUCAAAGCAGAUUUCGAAUAAUACGUCUACUUCUGCAAGUUCAACAAACUCGAAUGUGAAGUAUCUUGCCCCUCUUGUGGCUGAGGUACAUCCUGAACAAUCAAGUGUGGUGAAUACCGUUAUUGGCUCAUCGACAUACAAAUCGCCUUCGACAUUAUCAUCGAGCGCAUCCUUACCUACAUCUGUAUCGACGCCAUUUAGUGGUUUACAGUCGGCUUCAUCGACGGCAUCUGCAGCUGCUGGUACAAUAGUUUUGUCGGCCGCAGCGCCACCAACAUCAGCGGCGUCAGCAAUGAGUUCUGCAUCUUUACCACCACUCCGUUCGCAUCCGGGAGAUUGGUCAAUUGAAGAAGUCAUACAAUUCAUCGAAAGCAAUGACACUUCACUUGCCGUACAUGGUGAUCUAUUUAGAAAACAUGAAAUCGAUGGCAAAGCUCUGCUUCUUCUUAAUUCCGAAAUGAUGAUGAAGUAUAUGGGUCUUAAGUUGGGACCAGCCUUAAAGAUAUGCAAUUUAGUUAAUAAGGUUAAUGGUAGACGUAAUAAUAUGUCACUAUAAAUGCGGCUGAGAGGAUUAAGAGAUAACAAUAUGCAUACAUACAUAUGUACCAUAUUUAAUAGGUAUAUUGACAAGCGUUUCUAUAUGAUGAAAAUGUAUUGCAAAUGUUAGAAAAACUUACCUAGAAUUAGAGCUGAAUAAGCGUGUUCCACACGUACGCAAUGAAAGUUGUUGGCGUAUUUUCUAUAACAUGGGUACCUUCACGUAUAUUUGUAUUAAUAAUUACGACAUUAAUAUUUAAACUGAAAAUGUAAUAUGAAAUCGAUUUAAAUUUUUAAAUUGAAAAUGCUUAAUUAUAUAUUUUAUGUAUGUAUACAUUUAGGAAGGACUACUGCACCUUUUAUAAUAUAUAUUUGUAUGUAUAUUUGAUUAAAAUUAUUAAAAUUAAACUUAAGUAAAAAAAAACAGAAAGCAAUGUAAUAGAUGAAUAACGAUAUAUCACAAUAGCACAAUAAGCAUUUAAAAUGUUAUAUUAUGAAAAAACCUUUUUUUCCUUUAAUUGUAGCAUAGGGCAGACAAAAACGAUUGACCACGCACCGCACACAGAAUAAAAAAGUAAUUACAACACUUUUAGUAAGACAGCUAUUUAAAAUAUUUUAUUUGGAUAUUUCUAUAAAAGUUUUUGUUUCUACACUUAUUGCAAAAAUCUUGAAAAAUCUGUCGGAAAACGUUUCAUAAAAUAUGAUUUUGUGUACCGUGGGAUUUACGUUAUGCCGAUUAAGAGUUUUAAACCAAUUAAAUAAUUAAAAUUAUUAUCAGUGGUCGAAUUCGUUAUUUAAUUACAUACAAAUGAUUAACUGAUUCGUCUCAUACUUUAGUUUCGGACUUGUAAAAAAUAUAUAGUUACAAAACAAGAACUAAAUUAUAUUUGAGAUCAGCUGAAAAUAUCCGAACAAAUAAAUAUCGCAAUGCUAUGAUUUCUUGUAAUAUAUGCACAUUAUAAGAACGGGGUAUUAAGGCUAACUUCAGACAUGCUUAAUUGGAAUCACACAAUUGUAAUGCAUUGAGAAGGUUUAUAUUUUAUAUGUAUAAGUAUGUAUAUUGAAAUAUACAAUAAAAUUAGCUUUAUUGUAAUCAUAGCCACAUAACCAUAGUUAAAUGAAUGCUAACAAAACAGAGAGACAAACAAAUCAAUUUGAAACUUGGUAUAGAACACCAUAAUAAGUAGCACGUAUACAUACAUAGGUAUGUUCAUCUCAACAUAUUAAAAGAGAAAUUAUGUAACGUUAUUGAAUUGUAGGUCAAACUGAAACGCAAUAUAUGCAUAUACAUCUAUACAUAUAUAUUUAGAGUAUUACGAAAAAGAUUCUGCAGUUUCCAUUGCUGAUAAGAUUAGCACAUACUUGAAAAAAUGUAAAUGCUUAUUAUAUUGAAAAAGAACUUGCAUUACAUUUAAGAAUGUUUCUGAAAGUGUAAAUUCUCCAAGUUUAUUUCAGGUUGUCCAAGGCUCGAUUAAUAAGGGUUUGCCUGUUAUUAUUACAAUAUGAAUAUAUUAAAUAUGAAUUGUUCUUUCUUUUGAGAUAUUUAUACUUAAAUAUUCGGACGAAAUUUCAUAAUUUUUUGAAAGCAGAACAGUGUACAAGUUGUUUUUAUAUACGCAAAAUUAUGUAACAAUAUAUGAUUUCAUUUGAUUUAUUUAUGAUUGAUCACGCUUCUAUAAAAUGGCAUUUCCAUUCAACAAUUCUCAAGGUUGCAUGUGGAUUCUUAACGCAUGUGUAGAAAUACCAACAGGCAUGGAAAUGUAUGAGUUGAAUUUUUUAACAAAAAAUAUGGGAGGCCAGGAUUGUACAUAACAGUAAAUGUAUUAUUUGAAGAAUUUAAUUAGAAUAAAUAAAUGAAAUGAAAGUAAUGAGGCAUAAAUAUA